AUGACGCCACUACCACUGACUUGCCCCGCUUCCGGGAACCGUGCUGCGGUGCACGCGCCACUCUUUCCGUCGGGCCCUUCCGGCAGCUCGGGACGUCACUGCCGGUUUGCGAUGGCGCAGCUCGGCCUGAUCCGCCUGAAGGCGCCGAACAAGGAGUCGCGGGAUCGGGAGUCCGCCGGGCUCAGACCCGACCCGGGUCCGGGCUCCGGCCCACACACAGCCGCCAAGCGCCGUAAGACUCACCAUCACGGCCUUAUGCGUGGACCCGCGACCUCGGCCCCUUCGCUCCGUUACCCGCCCCCCGCUCAUGUCAGCGGUGGUCUACCUGCCGCCGUGUACUCGGUGUGUCCGCCGCCACCGACGGGAUCUGGCCCCGGCCUCGGCUCUAUCCCUGCCGCCGGGCCUACCCCCUGCCCGCGCCCAGCCCCCGCCCUCGCGGCCGGCGCCACCUCCCUCCCCAAGACGAGGAACCCGAAAGAUAAGCACCUACACCGGGACAAGGAGAAGAAGCACCGGCCGCGUAAAGAGAAUAGCGACGGCGGGCCUCCGCACAAAGGUGGCUCUGAUGAAAACGGGAAAAGUCGGAGACCUGAUGAAUACUUGGGCAAAAAAACAAAGAAAAAGAAGAAAAAGAAACAUAGAGAAGGUGAACGACCAAGGCAGUUAAAAAUGUACAAUAAAGAGGUGCAGACAACCUGCGCAGGGCUCACUCGUGUUGCCCUUGAUACUUUGGGUCAAGGUUCUUCUGAUGAAUCGAGUAUAAUCAACCAAGCUUCGAUUAAGCAUGAGGAAGAGCUCAAUAGGUUGGACCUGAAAGUGAGCCAUUGUCCCAUCCCCUCAUGUGCACAGUUGCCAUACUUAUCACAUAGAGACUACUGUGUCCGGAAAGGAUUCUUGCGGACAGGUUCCUCUAAAUUUGCCCACUUAAUUCAUGUGGAGCAUCAGCCAAAUGGUGGUGCGCCAGUACUCCAUGCCUACAUGGAUGAACUCUCUUUCUUGUCUCCUAUGGAGAUGGAGAGGUUUGCUGAAGAGUUCCUUGCAUUGACUUUCAGUGAAAAUGAGAAGAGCGCAGCGCACUACGUAAUGGCCAUCAUACAUGGAGCAGCAGCCUACCUGCCAGACUUUCUGGAUUACUUUGCUUUCAACUUCCCCAACACUCCAGUAAAAAUGGAAAUUCUUGGGAAGAAGGACAUAGAAACAACAACCAUCUCAAACUUUCGGUCUCAGGUUUCACGGACUUACUGUUGUGGCACAUACAGAGCGGGCCCAAUGAGACAGAUCAGCUUGGUGGGAGCAGUGGAUGAAGAGGUUGGAGAUUACUUCCCAGAGUUUCUUGAUAUGUUGGAAGAAUCUCCAUUUUUGAAAAUGACUCUGCCAUGGGGGACACUGUCCAACCUUCAGCUGCACUGCCGGUCACAGAGUGACGAUGGGCCCAUAAUGUGGGUGAGACCCGGCGAGCAGAUGAUUCCAACUGCUGAUAUGCCAAAGUCACCCUUCAAGAGACGACGAUCAAUGAAUGAAAUCAAGAAUCUCCAGUAUCUACCUCGGGCCAGCGAACCUCGCGAAAUCCUCUUUGAGGACAGGACGCGAGCCCACGCAGAUCACGUGGGGCAAGGCUUUGAUUGGAAGAGCACGGCAGCUGUAGGUGUACUGAAGGCAGUCCAGUAUGGAGAGUGGAGUGACAAGAUUCGAAUAACCAAAGACGUGAUAUGUUUUCAUGCAGAGGACUUCACAGACGUUGUGCAACGAUUACAGCUGGAUCUGCAUGAGCCACCUGUGUCACAGUGCGUGCAAUGGGUGGAUGAAGCAAAACUCAAUCAAUUACGGAGGGAGGGCAUCCGCUACUCCAGAAUCCAGCUCUCGGACAACGACAUAUACUUUAUUCCUCGAAAUGUCAUUCACCAGUUCAAAACUGUGUCUGCUGUUUGUAGCUUAGCAUGGCACAUACGCCUGAAGAAAUACCACCAGGAGGAGACAGAAACAAAACCAAACACAGACUCUGACACCGCCACUAAAGAAAUUAAAACAGAAACUGAUGUGAGCUGUUCAGAUGAUAUGGCAGUGGAACCUGAAGUCCAGGCUAAGCUGCCCGUAAUACAGGAAGAUCACAGUCAUCAACCCCAAGAUCAGCAAAGUUUUCCACAAUAACGUGUGUAUAUACUCAACUUUUUAAAUAAAUAUUUUUUCUUUCUUUUUAAACAGGGAUGUGAAGUUUUAGUUUUAUAAGUUGGCUGGGAUUCAAAUUUUAGUGAAGAAAUCGUGCCGUUCUUAAAGUGUGUUCCUUGAAUUGCGGUGACGUUAAAAUGCACUCAGCAAGUGAAGGCCAGCCCUGUUUACACAGAUGUUCAGGCCAUUCGUGGUCAGGAUUUUGACCUCUUUAAUCUGAUUCUGGUUAAUGUCCUGAAAAGGCCUUGUCGAACCUGCACUUCAUUUCCGAGUGCAUAAUGUAGCAGGAGUGCCACCAGCACUAUAAACCAAACAAGAUGCUCUGUAUCUUCACAAUAGACUGUUUUUAAUGAAGACUUGCCACUAUUUUGCUGUUUUAAAUUUUACUUGCAUGACUGUAAAUUUACCUAUUGACGAAACACAUUGUGAGGAUGUGCAGGAAUAGAUCUUUGGAAUAUCUGAACAAUGCUCACUUAUGGUCCAGUUUCUUCAGUGUUCACUCGUUUCCUUGAGGAUACGUUACCUUUGCCCACUCUGAGUCUCUACAUUAUUUCUGUUUUACAGCAGAAUGAUUAACCCUUUUCUGCCUCUUGAAUUGACCUAGCUGGCCAGUGAGUUUAUGCAGUUAGGGUACGAUAUUUGGGUAUGACAUUAGCAGUCAGGCUUGUCAGAAUCUCCCACAUUGAGAAAAUGAACAAAAUUCAUUCCCCAUUGGGUAGAAACAGUGCCACAAAAAUGGGCAGUCAUCUUAACUACUUUAGACCAGUAUUUAAACUCCAUGUAAGACUAACCCAACCUUAAUUACUUAUUCUGAUUCAGCUUCCAUAUACAAGACUCCUUCUGCAUGUAUGUAUCAAAGUGCAUGUCUACCAUCUGCCUCUGAUUUUUUUAUUGGGGUUCAUCUCUGCAAGUCUAAAGACGUCCCUUGAUCUUGGAGUAUUUUAAGGAGUUUUAAAUAAUGUUUGAGGACAGCACGUGCAUGCUGAGGUUUCUUCCAGCCUUGAAUACUGAAGUUGUUGCAAUUUAACCUUGCCCCUAAUACCUAUUGGAAAUCAUUGCUGAUGUUCUUGAGUAGCCUUUUUAUGAUUACUGAGAUGCCUGUUUCACUAAUGGCUUAAGUCUAGCUCAGUGUCGGCCCUGGGCUGUGAAGCUGGCUGCUUCUGAGCUUCCUAUUGUUAAGCUGCUCAUGCUGAGUUCCUUUGAUCUCUGGACUGUGGAGUGGAGAUAUAUGCCACAACCUUUCACUCGACUCCAGCUGAAGGCAUUCAUUUCUGGAUUUCUUUGUGAAAUAAACAUGGCAAAAUAUCAAUAAGAUUGCUUGGGAAAGAAGAAAGAUAGAUUUUUAUUGCCAGUUUCUCUUGAACUAUUACUCAUUUGUCCUGGUUAGGAUUGCAGUACCUCUUUAGGUACUUCUUGAUUAGACUUUUGAAAAUCUUCCCUAAAAGUGUUCAGGAACAUAUUCCAUUGAUUCACCUGGAAAUUUCUUGUUGAAAGAUUAAAUGGGGAAAAAAUUAAAUCUGUGAUGAGGAGACCUUAAGUCACUUGGGUUAGAUAACUUUAGAGUGGGGUGGAAGACCUUUCUCAUUCAUAAAAUUAUGAACUUGUACUUCAUGGCAACUAUUAAUAUAUUAAGAUUUCUGAUACUGAAGAACUUGGGGCAUAAUGUUAAUGCAACCCACACCUGUCCAGGUAUGUAGCCAUAUCUGUCAUUCUGCCACUCCUGGGCAAGGUAGUUGCUCUCAUUCAUUAGACAAUCUCAAUUAAUUUUAUGUAUCUUUUAUAAUUUUGUUUUUAUCAAUGCUAUGAUUAGAACUUCUUUAAACUUCCGUCCUCUGCUCCUUUCCACAUUUGUUUCCCAUUGUUGCAGACCCAAAGUACUUUGGAACAAAGCCAUUCAAGCCUUGUAGCAGAAUGUGCUUCAAACAGAGUGGAGCAAGCCCAAAAUCCCAAGAAAGCUGAAAGGCUCGGAGAUGUUUCUUGAAUAUUUUUGGUUGAUAGAUUUCCAUGCCUAGCAAAGGUUUUUGGAACCUAGACAGACCUUUAAAAAAAAAUCUAAAUCAAUUGUAAUUAUAUCGAACAGCAGAAAAGGCUUUAAAGAUAAAAUAGUCCAACUCCUUUUAUUUCCUUCUCGAGCUUGCUCUUUUCCAGGCCUCAGAAUACAGGGAUCAUGAGAUCAUGACUAGUUCAUAUUUUACUCUGUUGCUAGUUGUGUGAUGCAUUGCUGAAGAAGUUGCUGGCUAAUUACAGCAAUAAUUAUUUAUUAAUCUGCAGCAAGCUGCAUUAAGAUGCAAAAAAAGACCCUCUCAUUGGGGGAAAGCUUAUGGAACCAUAUCACAUCUCCUACAAAGAUAUUUGGUAUUCAAAUUUUGAUACUGCUUACUCAAUCUCAACUCAAUUUUAAAUUAACAGUCUUAGCUAUUUUUACAUUACAAUUAACUUACCUUUAAUUCAAUAUCCAUGAAGUGGAAGAUAAUGGGAACGAUGGCUUCCUUGAAAUCAAAAAUUCAUUCUUGUUGCACUUUGUAUCGUUUCAUUUUUCUUUUGAAGUAAUUUAAUUUACUGAGUUUUGCAGUGUGUUGAAACUGUCCUAAGAAGCAAUAACCAUUUUCACACAGAGGUCAACAGAGUAACGUUAGGCAUAUGAGCACACACUGGUUGUGUAAGGAAAAAGUCCUUGUAGCAUUUCAUUUUCUGCACAGACUGCCCGUCUCUUAUAAGUGCAAAUCUGUUCUGCAGCCAUGUUUCAUUUUAGUUAAUCAAUAGAAUUUUUUUAGAGAUCUAGUUUAAUAUCCACUCAAAAUUGGAAGAAAAUCUGCAGGAAAAGUUAUUUCCUGAAGUUGUUGAUGGAAGCACCCAACAACAAAUUGCAUAAAGUUAAUUUUUAAUAUAAAGCAUUGUGAUUGGUAUGCACUGCCAGAUGGUGAUCUAGUUCAGCCAUUCCUACUAAUCGCCCACACUUGCUUUCAAAAUUAAAUUGGACAAUUGGAAGGGAAUAAAAUUCCCAGACUUGUUCUUCCUGUAUGCCAGGAAAGGUGUAAAUAGGCUAAUGGUGGCCAACUAUGCUGUUAAGAUUCUAAUACAAGCUUGUCUUUUCAACCUUGUCUUAUUCUGUUGAUCCGCAUGUUAUGUACUUUCUAGGCUCCAGGAGCAAUUAGACUGGAAUCGAGAAAGCAGUCAAAUGCAGAACAGAUUACUUGGUACAAUGAGCUUAGAAAAUGCUUUGAUUUCAGAAAGGUAUUGCCUAAAUUGAGUUUCGUUGAAUCCCAAGUAUAGUCUCAAUAUGAUGGAAAUUUGAGUAGUUCUGUAUUUUAAAAUGACCUGGUGAUGCCAAUUUGCAAUGGCACCUUGUAGCAUUUGGGCUGAAUUGAGGACUAGCUUGCGUAAUCUUCCAUUUAGAUGACUGAGGGAUAAUCUAAUCAGGCUGCUUAACAUUAAGAAUAGAUUCAAAAUGUCAAAGGAACUUUAAACAAAUCAACAGAGCAUCAGCAAAUCUUCUCACAUCCAGCUGAUGCUGCUCAACAUACUGAGUUCCUCCAGAGAUUUUUUUUUGUGUAGCAAAGAAGCUUUCAACUGGUUUGGAAUUCAGUGCAAAGGAUGUGAUUUUAGAGCACUUCUCAUAACGUGGGAUAAACGUUUGCAAUUCUCUUUGCAAGCUCAGAUCACACUAUAGGUGUGGAUGCUGAGAGGUUCAGUUAAAUUCUUGAGUUCAGAUGGUUAGUUUUAAGUACUGGUUAUACAUUAUUGGUGGAUUAAAGGAGAUGAUUGGGAGAUCAGCUUGAUAUUACAGUUUGAGCUUGAUAUUACAAUGGACGGAUUGAGUGACCAUUGACUCGGGUAUGAAAAUAAUUUAAUAUUUUCAAAAGUCCCAUUGUUCUGAAACCCAUUAGCUUUUGAGGGAAAUGGGGAAGAUUUUGCAUGUCUCACUUAACGCUCUUGAUGUGAAUUUCUUUCAAGCAAUUCAAACCAAUCUGCCCUCUCUUAAGACAAUGCCAGUUUUUGUGCACAGCUUGAAACUGGCUACAUGUCCUCUGCACUGGAAACUCAGUGGAACCAGUGCAAACCUUCAUAUAACUCUACAUGUUCUGCCUUGGUUUGCCCUUCCUGACAAUCCAUUGCAUAAUUUCCCUCUUGAGAUUAUAGGUACAAAAUCAGGACAUUCAGACUCUUGUUUCUUUUCUAGCCAGCAGGCUAAGGACUACCCAACUGAAGGACCUUGCACGUUUUGUCCCAUCUCUACAUGAUGGACAUGUUGAAUGCCAGUGAAACCGCUGCCUGGGUUGUUGUCUUUCACCUAUAGAUUUGUCCAGUUCCUUAACUCCAAGUUGUCAAUCUAAGUUGGAAGCAAUAAACAGCUAUCUCUGCUGGAUUCCCCAUUCCGUUUCCAUUCCAACAUCAAUUUUCUAAAUGGCAAACAUGUAGCUUUUUUCAGCCAAUUGUACAUCUCUUCCUGUUCCAGUAAUAUGACAGUAUGCUUAAUAUUGAGAUAUCUACAAAAUCAGAAUAGAUGUUAAAAUCUGAUUUAAAAAAAAUAAAACUAUAAUGUAAUGUGCAAUCAUAAAUGAUGUAAUCUGUGUAAACAGGGUUCUUGAGCAACUAGCACUUGCUAACAUGAUGGACAACCUUUAUAUUGAAAAUAAUUUUAUCCUCCAGAUACUUAGGUUGAAGGGGAGGGGGGUGGGGUAAGAAUUCCAGAAACUCAUUCUCUGCUUUUUAAUGAGAGGAGCUGUAUUUGUUGUCUUGUCCUGAGAUUUUUAGAGCUUAAAAUUUGGUUGUUCAGAGUAAAACUUGCUUCCCAGGCACUUGUAUUUUUUAUUCACUUUAGUGUAUUUGUAAUUUUUUAUCCAUUUAUAAAUGUAAGCUGUUUUCAAAAGAAAUAUGACUCCUUUAAGAUAUUGUAAUAUUGUACCUAGCAGGAUAAUUCCUUCAGGUUUAUCUUACUUUACCAAUAGUCAGCAUUAUUGAAAUGCCUCAGUGUAUCUAGCGGUAAUUUAUGAAGACAUUUACUUUAUUUUUGAACAUUUCUAUCAGUGUAGCAGAGUUAAUGCCCAGAAGGGUAUUGUAUUUUUGUAUUUCUGUUAAGUAUAUUUACAUUAAUGUAAACUUUUCAGCCAAUCUGCAUGCAUUAUUGGUAUCAUUGGCUUACAAAUCUUCAGAAUACUGUAAUAUGGUGCCACACUGCAAGUGGGCAUGUCUGUUCUUGAGAUCAUUACACAAUCAAGCUGCAAGUAUGUCCAUCCAUUCUUAGAUGCAUAAGAUCAUUCCUGAAGUUGACCCAUUGACGAGCUUUGUGCCUGCCCAUUCUGGGAGAUCAUUGGACUGUCAGAUUGAGUACAUCUCUCAUUUUAGACAUUUGCUUCAGAGGGAGGGUGGUGUAAGAUAGAUCAUAGUAAAUUGAUUGCUGGCUACACAAAUCAGUCAUUGACUUCAAAUCUGUCAUCUGCCAUAUGUUCCCACUCACCAAGGUAAAAUAUCUUGCUUUGUGUCCUUUCUUCUGCACUACCAGAAUGUCAACUGCCGACCAGGGUCAGAGGUGUUAACAGAGCUGAAGGGUUGCUGUUAAUCAGGCUUUGUUUGAAAAUUUUGACUACUUCUAAUAGAUCAAGACUGCAAAAAUGUUGGUGUCACCCGACAUUAAAUAUGAGAUUGCAAGUCAACCGAAGGGAUCUUUCCAUUAGUGCUGUUCCUUCAGUAGUUAUGUGGCAGGCACUCCACAUUCUCACCAUUUUUGUAGUUGAGGGAUUUGUCCUGAAUUUCAUUUGGAGUUAUAGUGAAUUACCUGGUUGAGCCCUGAUUUUUUUUUUAAUGGCCUACCCCGACCUGGAAAUAUCUUCAAUGUAUCUGCAUUUCUUAAUCAAGGAAUAUUACAGCUCUGGAGCUAUACAGCUGGUCAGUGAUAGCAGUCUGAGUAAAGGGAUGGUGACAAGAAGAGGCACCAAAAAGCUUUCUGGGAUUUUGGUGUCAAGUGGUAGCUACUGGAAAAUGUGCUCUCCGCAAGUCAAGUCAAUCUACAGUCAUGAAGAAAAUAAUGGCUUUUUGGUCUAAUCUACUGGAAAUUGGAAGAGAACCAAAAGAACAUUUGUGAUCUCUCAGAAUAAAUAGAAUAGAAAAGGCACUAAUUUUCUUUUGAUGCAACAGCAGACUUGCAUCCUCAGGAGUGCACCACUCUUAAUGUAUUUUCUUUCCACUUGCCCGGUACAAUUCAAAACUAAAGGGAUAAGUGCAGUAUGUGUUAGUUUGUUGAUGGACACUUGACUAUUUUGGACAGACAGCCAAUUCCACUGUCAAUGCAAAGUACUGUUCCACAGCCGCAUGUGAAUCUGUAAAACAGUGGUCCAUGGAGGAAAUUGUUCAUGAGAACCUCACUUGCAAAUAAAAUUUUCAGAAUGGCAUUUGCUUGGGAAGUAAGAUUUGCUUUGCUUGGCCUUAGUUCCAUCACAACCCCUAUAAAUUCUUGUCUCACCAGAGGGUGUAAUAACUUUUUAAUGAAGCGGAGUGUGAGCGAAUGGUACAUUUUAAGAUAAAUAAAUCUCUAUGUGAUAUUAACCUUUUGCUCAGUGAAUUUCUUUAGUUCACUAUAUGAAGCAUGUUUUAACCUUUUAAAAUGUUGCUUUGUAAGAUUUUAAAUUUGAGCGUGCAGAUGGAAUACAUAGAAAAUUUCUUUGAAGUAUUUUUUUAAAUAAA